AUGGUCUCGCCAAGUCUUUCGUGUCGAGUCUGCAGUUCCACCUGCAGCCUCCAAACCCUUGUGCGUGACGGGCUUAGCUCAAUCUCCGCCCAGUCCAACACUCCCUCCUUCUUUUCUUUGCGAACGCGACCUACCUGGUCGGCCCUCUCAUAUCAUGCAUUGAACCGAGAAUCUCGAAAACCUUUCCAUUCGACUCCUAACCGCCGUUCCGGUCCUCCGCCCCGAAUCUCCUACCGGAUUGCCGUAUCGUCGACCGGCAAAGGACGCCGCUUCCACCCUCUCAAAAAUGCCUAUAAUUUCGAUCCCAGCCUGUCUGAUGCGAUAGGAGUGUCUACAGAUAAGAACCCGACCACCCGGCGACGAAGCCGUCCGGAUAGCGGGGAGGAUGCUUUCUUUGUGAGCCGCAUCGGCAGCCGACAAAGUCAAUCCGCGGAUGGGGCGGAGGCCGUAGCCUUUGCUGUCGCUGAUGGUGUCGGUGGCUGGACUGAGUCGCGGGUAGACCCUGCGGAUUUCUCCCAUGGGAUCUGUGGUUAUAUGGCCGACACAGCACUGUCUUGGGACCAGACUGCUGAUAAGUUGCGACCUAAGCAACUUCUGCAAUCGGGAUAUGACCAAGUGGUCGCUGACCCAGCCAUCAAAGCGGGAGGUAGUACUGCCUCCGUAGGUGUUGCACUCCCCGAUGGCCGUGUCGAACUGGCAAAUCUGGGUGAUUCAGGUUCGGUCUUGCUUCGUCUCGCUGCCGUACACCAUUAUUCGGUACCCCAAACACACGGCUUCAACACACCCUACCAACUCAGCCUUAUUCCACCGAAAAUGCGUGCGCAGGCGUCAAUAUUCGGCGGGGCCUAUCUUGAAGAUUUCCCCCGCGAUGCCUCUGUCACCAAUGUCCAAGUACAGCAUGGUGAUGUGCUGAUUCUCGCUACUGACGGCGUCUUCGACAACCUCAACAACCAGGAUAUCCUCAAGCUUGUAUCGAGCCGUAUGAUUCUGACGGGGGCUUGGACGGCCACGGCGGAUUAUGGGGUCACGGUCUCGGAUCAUCUUCGUGAGCUUACAGUACCGGGUGGUCUUGCCUCUGCAUUCCGUCCUCCAAAACCGUCGAAAUCUCAACAUGGCUCUCAGGAGGAGAAGGAACCGUCACCUCGCCCGGAAUCCACUCUCACACUUCAGUCACUUCUGGCAGCCUCCAUCGCUAAUGAGGCUAAGGUUGCCAGCGUCGACUUCCGGCGCGAUGGUCCUUUCGCCAAGGAGGCUCAACGCUAUUACCCUGGCGACUAUUACCGUGGCGGCAAGGUCGAUGAUAUCUGUGUCCUUGUUCUUAUCGCUAUUGAUGAGAGCAUCGUCGGUAAGGGUUCUGCGUGA